ACAUCACAUGUGCGCAUAUAUUCUUCCUACUCAGAACUCCAUUAAUGCUCUUCCCGACCUCAAUGCUAUAUUCGCAACAUAAACAUAAACACAAACACUAGUUCUCCUCCUCCUGAAUCAUGGCUCUUGUCAGUAGGCUUCAAUCUCUGUCUUCCUCUUUGUCUUCCACCCAUUUCAGAAAACCCGAUUCCUUAAACCCUCAACCCAUUUGCUCUCUACACUUCAACAACUCCCCUUCUUACACUUCUCCUUUUACAGAGAAGCAUUCCAUUGAGAGGUACCAGAGAGACCAGUGGCUAUACAAUAACCAAUUGGAGCAACCCACUCUUUUCUCUCUCCCUCCUGAUACUGAUGCUGAUGCUGACUCUGAUCUCACAAGGCAGAAUGACAUUGCUUUGCAGCUACCAGAGCUGAGAAAGCUGCUUCAGGUGCUAAGAGAGAAGAGAGAGAGGGAAGGAGGGUGUGGUGGAGGAGGAGGCAAGUGUGGGCCUGGCAAUGUCUUCUUGGUCGGCACUGGCCCUGGGGACCCUGAACUCCUCACAUUGAAGGCUGUCAGAGUUGUACAGAGUGCUGAUUUAUUGUUGUAUGAUAGGCUGGUGUCCAAUCAUGUGUUGGAUUUUGUUGCCUCUGAUGCUAGACUUGUCUAUGUGGGCAAGACUGCCGGGUACCAUAGCAGAACCCAGGAGGAGAUACAUGAAUUGCUACUGAGUUUUGCUGAAGCUGGAGCUACUGUUGUGAGACUAAAAGGAGGGGAUCCACUGGUGUUUGGAAGGGGUGGAGAGGAGAUGGAUUUUUUGCAACAGCAAGGAAUUCAAGUGCAAGUUAUUCCAGGUAUCACUGCUGCUUCUGGGAUAGCAGCAGAGCUAGGGAUCCCAUUAACUCACAGAGGUGUUGCAAAUAGUGUAAGAUUUCUGACCGGGCACUCCAGGAAGGGAGGAACCGAUCCUCUUUUUGUGGCAGAGAAUGCAGCUGACCCUGAUUCAACCUUGGUGGUAUACAUGGGUUUGUCGACUCUCCCUUCUCUUGCUCAAAAGUUGGUCCAUCAUGGUCUGCCACCAACAACACCAGCUGUUGCAGUUGAGCGAGGGACCACACCUCAACAGCGCAUGGUCUUUGCAGAACUGAAGGAUCUUGCCAAUGAAAUUACAUUAGCAGAGUUAGUAUCACCAACGCUCAUCGUCAUUGGGAAAGUAGUUGCACUUUCACCAUUGUGGCCACAUACUUUGAACGAAGUGGCUGCUCUUGUCGGAGCCAUAUAGACACAAUUGAGUAAUGCAACAAGUACCUUCAUCAUCCACUUUGACUUCAGAAAUUUGGCUCAAUGCUCAUAAUUUUCAUAAUUUGGACUUCCAGCUCAAAUUCAAAUCAAUUUGAAUGGUGGACGAUGAUCUUGCGUAAGAUUGAAGUGAGUUAGCUGCUUCUUUUUUGGAGGCAGAUACAUUUUCGAGGAGCUAACUAUUUACAAACAGUGCUGGGUUGUGCUAGAACAUUGUUUGAUGCUUCCUUGUGCGGGAAGAAUGAAUUUCAUGCACUGAAGCGAAAGAGGGAGCUGGGUUUUUGUUCACUGGCAGACAGAAAAAACGAGCCUUUUGUUCUGAGGUUGUUUCAAUCUAAACCUAGGUAUUAGCAUAAGGGUUCUUAGGUGGAACAAGACGUGUAAUAGGAGCCUUGAUUGAGUCAUGUUGACGAAUGAAAAUUUUUGCAAAUUCUUUCAUUCAUUUGAUGUUGCGAUUCGUUCAAGUGAUUUUGGUUAACAGUA